CCACCCCUUCGGUUACCUUCGUCGCCACCCCUACCCCUGGCAUGACCCUCUGCUCCCCCCUCAGUCACAGUUUACCGUGACACCUCCGUCAGGUAACACCGGCAGUGCCAUACAGUUGAAGAUCAACAGGAGUGAAACUAUCUCUUGGGAUAUACUGUGUAGUGGUGUGUGCAAGAGUGCAGGCGGUGACGAGGAGGAAGAGAGUCACAUGGGUUAGACUUCAGGAACCUCUCGACAGCCUCAAGCCGUGACAUCCUAUUGCCCGUCGUUGCCCUAAGGACGCUCGCGAUGUCCUACGAAGAACUCAGCAAGAUCAUCGACUUCCGGGCGCUGCCUGAGCCCGGGGAUCGGUUUGGCUUGGAGAAGGUCAUCGCCACGGGGACCUACGGGGAGAUCUACGAAGCCAUUGACAAGGAGAAUGAUAACAGGAGAGUCGCCAUCAAGGUCAUCGAUAACAUCAAGGAGAACCUGGAGGAGGUGGAGGAGGAGUACAGGGUCCUGGCGGAGCUUAGUCUUCAUGAAAAUUUCCCCGUCUUCUACGGCGCCUUCGUCAAGAGGGUGGGCAGCCAUGACUCCCAUCAGAUGUGGCUUGCUAUGGAGCUUCUCACACACGGCACAGUCUCCGACCUCGCUGCCGCCUACAAGAAGAAGGAAGAGAGAAUGUCUGAGGAGCUCAUUGCCUACAUCCUGAGGGAGGUCAUCAAGGCGGUGCAGCAUCUCCACGCGGGUCACGUGGUCCACAGAGAUAUCAAGGGCAUGAACAUCCUCAUAACGGACGAGGGAAAAGUCAAGUUGGUUGAUUUCGGGCAGUGCGGGCACCUGGACACGACCAUGGGCAAGCGGUGCACGGCCGUCGGCACGCCCUUCUGGAUGGCUCCGGAGGUCAUUGAGUGUGAACAGAAGGCGGACGUUGACUACGAUAACCGCUGCGAUGUCUGGUCGCUCGGCAUCACGGCCAUCGAGCUGGGGGACGGCGACCCCCCCUACGCGGAUCUGCACCCCGUCCGCGCCCUCUUCCAGAUCAUCCGCAACCCGCCUCCGCAGCUCAAGAGGGUCUCCGACUGGACGCAGGACUUCGUGGACUUCAUUUCCGAGUGCCUUGUGAAGAACCCAGACCACCGGCCGGUAAUGCUAGAGGUUCUGGAGCAUCCUUUCAUUCAAGGCGUCCCGGAGGAUGACACGGCGAUCAAGGCAAAGCUUUUAUCUGAGCACAGCCGUCUGUUCGGGAAGGAGCUUCCGCCUUCGCGCCCGCUCACGGCCAUCGCUCGCCAGGGAUACCUCAAGACUGACCGUCGCACGAAGCCGAAGAAGAUGGUAACAGAUAAUCUGGCUUCCUUGGAAUUCUUCAAUGAUGAGGUUGUGGUGGAGACUCUUUUCGCUCGCUGGCAAGAAGGAUAUAUCUACACGUGGUUGGCUGAUGUGCUGCUGGCGGUGAAUCCCUUUAGUGAAAAAUGCAAGUAUGACGAAGACACCAAAGUCAAGUACAAAUCCAAAACCAGGAGCGACAACGACCCCCACGUGUUCGCUGUGGCCGACAGAGCCCACCAGGACAUGAUGCAUAACAAGGAGCACCAGACCAUCGUUUUCUCGGGGGAAUCGGGGAGUGGCAAGACGUUCAACUUCGCGCAGGUCGUGUACCAGCUCUGCCAUAUUGGGAGUAGCAACCCCGGCCUCAUCGACAAGGUGAAGAAGACGCUGGUGGUCCUGGACGCCUUCGGGAACGCCGUGACGCAGCUCAACCCGGACGCCACGCGACACACCCGCUACUUCGACGUCACCUUCUCCAGGACGGGGAAGGUGUCGGGUGUCAUCGUGUGGCUCCUCAUGCUCGACAAAUUCCGUGUCACCCACCGUGUGAGAGGAGAAAGCAAUUUUCACAUCUUCUACUACCUCUACGACGGUCUCUCCCAGAGCUCAAGACUCUCCCGCUACGGCCUCAAGCUGGGUCGUAAGUACCACUACCUUGCCAAGCAUCCUUAUGACAACGAGGUUACAAACGCCCAGCGCUUCAAUAAGGUCGAGGAAGCUCUGCAGAUCAUCGGCUUCACAGAGCGCGAGAUCCACACUAUCUAUCUUAUCUUGGCCGCUAUCCUUAACAUCGGGAACAUCGACUUCUCGGGAGACACUCAGGCCAGCAUCGCAGACAUGGAGCCCGUCAGAGAAGUGUGCCGCCUGCUGGACACUGACGAGAAGAAACUGGCGUGGGCGCUGUGUAACUGCUGCGUGGUGAAGCCCGGGGGCCAGGUGGACCAGCGGAAGAAGACGGCGGAGGAGGCCAUCAACGGAGCCGACGCCUUGGCUCGAACCCUCUAUGCAGUCGUCGAUUUCUUGGUUAACAUGAUCAACACGAAGAUGUCUGUCACGAGACUCGUUUUCGGCGACCCCUAUGCGGUGGGAGUUCUUGACAUGUUUGGCUUCGAAGCUAAUGACCACAACACGCUAGAGAACCUGCUUGUUAACGUGGCCAACGAGCAAGUACAGUACUACUACAACCAGUACAUCUUCAACUGGGAGAUGCAAGACUACUCCGAGGAAGGAAUCCCCACCAAGAACUUCAGUUUCCCCGACAACCGACACAUUCUGGAGCUGUUCCUGGGCAAGAGCACGGGUAUCUUUGCCAUUCUGGAGGACGAGAGUCGAGAAACCAACGGGAAUGACACGUCUUUCGCUAACAGGCUCAAGCAGCGGGUCAGCCAGAAGCAGAUGCAGCAGGUGUCGGAAUACACGUUUGCCAUCUCCCACUACGUCGGUCGAGUCAAGUAUGAUGUCCACAGCUUCGUCUUCAAGAACCAGGACCACAUUUCUGCUGAGCUGAUUCAGACGAUGCGCAAGUCCGCCAACGAACACGUGCGCGCAAUGUUCUGCAACAAGCUGACCAAGACGGGCAACCUCACCCACGAGGCAGAAGACAAUUUCAAGGGAAAGAAGAAUCUGGAGGCUCCUAAGAAGACGGGCAAGAAGGAUUCAAGGCGCUUCAACACCAAGUCGAAAGGCCGCAUGUCCCAGACGCGCCACCUUCAGACGACGGGCAUGAACUUCCGCUACUCGCUGAUCGAACUGCUCUACAAACUGACCAACUCGCAGCCUCACUUCGUCCGCUGUAUCCGCUCCAACAUGGACUACUCGGGCUCCCUCUUCGACCGGGACAUGAUCAAGCACCAGGUCAAAUACCACGCCGUCUGCGACACCAUCAGGAUCCGCCAGCAGGGCUUCUCGCAUAGGAUCCCGUACCAGGAGUUCCUCAGGAGGUAUCAGUUCCUCGCCUUCGACUUCGACGAAACCGUGGACAUGACGAAGGACAACGCUCGCCUCCUGCUAGUGCGCCUCAAGAUGGAGGGCUGGGCCAUCGGCAAGGACAAGGUGUUCCUCAAGUACUAUAACGAGGAGUUCCUGUCCAGGUUGUACGAAACGAGCGUCAAGAAAAUCGUCAAGAUCCAGGCGAUGAUGCGAGCUUACAUGCAGAGGAAGAAGAAGAAGGCGGGGCUGCUGGGCCCGAGCGCCGCCAGCGAGGAGAAAAAACCUCUGAAGCGGGAGAUGACGCAGGAUGAAGCAGCAAUCAAAAUACAGAGCAGCUACCGAGGCUUCAAGGUGCGGCAGUCCACUCCAGACAUAGCGGGUAAAAUCAAGGCACGAGAAAAAUACGGAGAGCAGACGAUAGAGGCGGAAGCGGCUCGCUACGUGCAGUACUACUUCCGGAAGUGGAAGACGCGCUCCCUGUUCCAGCAGCUGCAGCUCUACAGGGCGGAGAAGCAGCAGCAGCUCGUGUACUUCUCGCAGCAGCAAAAAAUUUUGGUCAGGCCCGAUGCCGAAGGUAAGCGCGGACUCAAGACUGUCACGACCAACUAUCGAGGUCGACACCGCGGCGCAAGUAGUUUCCUGGCAGGACUUCACUCUUGCCUGCCUAGCACUGGUGGCCAGCAGCAAUCAUGCUGUCCCAACCCGGAUAAUAGAGAGAAUUAUACCCUAAAGCCGCCCCCACCUCUUCGUCCUUCGGCAGAAAGGGCAGGCAGCAGGACGACGACUGGGAGGCGCCCUUUAAGUCCCGCGCCGCCGCCGCCCGCGCCAGCAACAUGGGCCUUGGAAGAGAAGUCAGACGGCGGAGCUAACAAGGGCGGCGGGCCCAGCAAGGGCGCCCAACCCACCCUCGGCUACACGCCCAUGGACGUCCGCUCGCGCACUGCUAUGUUUAAUCAAGGUGUUAACGACUCAAACCAGCCAACAGGUGGUUCUUCCUACAACAGGUUUGCGGGAACCAGCAGCACCGGUAACAAGGCCUCGAAUUAUAACAAGUAUCUUGGGCCCACCAACAAGCCGCCGGCCAGUCAGUCUUAUAACAAGUUUGGUGGUAGUUACUUGAACAAGGGAGUCGCACCGAAGCCGCCUGUGGUUGUCAACACGUGGAACGACCGACAACAUAAUGGAUACAACGACAACACGGAGGAGGACACGCAGGGCACCCACGACUUCCGCAAACACCUUCGGAAAACCAACCGCUCGGCGAUCCAGGAGAUGGAGCAGAAGGCGGCCGCGGGUGGAGAUGGCGCCUUCAACUUCCAGGCACCAAAGCCCCAGACACCCGAGUCUCUUCCCCCGAAUACAGGAUGUAGACCUAAGUUAAUACACUUGAGUCCUAACCUCCUGAAGGUGCCACCAGUGAAGAAGCAGCUGGACCAAGUAAAAGACACUGCUGGCGAGGCAUCAGGGAUAGAUUCCCAAGAAUUGCAGGGCAUGCUACGGAAGACAGGCAACAAGCGAGAAAGCCUGAAGAGAGACGAAGGCAGUAGUGGCGGGGCAUCCUUCCAUCCUAACGGCGGCGGGAGUAUGUCGCCGACUUUCGUUGAGGAAACAGAGGAAGCCAUGCUAUAAAAGGGGUAUGGCACUGCGACGGCUGAUGCGUGGCAGAGUGGCAGUGAAGGCGUGGGUUCAGUGGCACCGUGACAAGUGGCACUGUGGGUGAUGAUGACCUGAAGGCGGAGAUUGAUUUUGUUAUUUAUGUCAGUGUUGUUGUAGUUGUUAUUAUUGUUUUAUUAUCAUCAUUAUCAUCGUUAUUUAUUAUAUUGUAAUUUUCACUAUGUUGUGUAAUGAGGAUUAUUACCAAUUUUAUUGUUAGUUUAUUAUUGUUAUUAUUACUACUUUGAUUACCAUUGUCAUCAUUAUUAUUAUAAUUUUCUUUGAGAGAAAUCCUGUUUAGAUUCAUAUAAGUAAUUAUAAUGGUGAAAUCUUUGUUUUAAGUGGAAAUGUGGUUUUUCUUUUAUUAUUGAAUUUGCAAUGAAUUACGUCACUGUUAGUUAAUGAAGUAUAUCGUUUUCAUCUACACACAAUCAUUUUUCUUUCUUUCUUUCUUAUUCAAUGUUUUUAUCCGAAUUUUUAUGAAUAUAUUUUUCCCUGCAUUACUGAAUAUAAGCAAGAUUAAAUAUUAAAUCCUUCA